AAAAAACAUUGUUAUAUACCCUGUAACAAACGCUGGCAAUGGAUUUCUCCAGCUUGCGACAAACGGGGAGCUUAUUUGUUCCAAUGGACACAGCAGGAAUUGUUAUAAAAUGCAAAGCCGCAGUAGCUUGGGACAUAGGGAAACCUCUCAAAAUUGAGGAGGUGGAGGUUCAGCCACCAAAAGCCCUUGAAGUGAGAAUUAAGAUGAUAGCAACAGGAAUCUGCCGGACAGAUGACCAUGUGAUAAGAGGUGCCUUCAAAAAUAUAAAUUAUCCAGUUAUUCUUGGCCAUGAAGGGGCUGGAAUUAUUGAAAGCGUUGGGGAAAAGGUGACUGACCUUAAGCCAGGUGACAAGGUAAUUCCAUUAUGUGUUCCGCAAUGUGGAAAAUGCACGUGUUGUCUCAAUCCACACACCAACUGGUGCAUUAAAACUCAUUUUAGCGAGCCACAGAAUCUCAUGCCAGACAAGACAUCAAGAUUUUCAUGCAAUGGGCAAGUUGUGCAUCAUUUCUUGUGGACAAGCACCUUUUCUGAAUAUACAGUGGUGCCUGUCGAUUCUGUUGCAAAAAUUGACGACAAAGCGCCUAUGGACAAAGUUUGUCUUUUUGGGUGCGGUUUUCCAACGGGAUAUGGUGCUGUUGUGAAUAUUGCCAAGGUACAGCGUGGUUCUACUUGUGCCGUUUUUGGCCUAGGUGGAAUAGGGCUAUCAACCAUCAUUGGAUGCAAGUUGGCAGGAGCAUCAAGAAUUAUUGCUAUUGAUAUAAACAGUAGUAAGUUUGAGAAGGCUAAGAUGUUUGGAGCCACGGAGUGCAUUAACCCAUUGGACUUCACAAAGCCCAUUCAGGAGGUGAUAGCUGAAAAGACCAACGGAGGAGUGCAUUAUUCCUUUGAGUGUAUUGGGACUACAGAAACCAUGAAAGCCGCUCUGGAAUCUUGUCACUUUGCGUAUGGAAUCAGUGUGAUUAUUGGAGAAGCACCCCCAGAAGAAAUGAUCUCCCUCAAUCCCAUGGUGCUGUUCACAGGGCGCACCUGGAAGGGGGGCAUUUUAGGAGGAUGGAAGAGUAAAGAAUCCAUUCCCCGUCUGGUUGACGACUACAUGGCAAAUAAAUUUAAUUUGGAUGGGCUAGCGACCCACACUUUGCCAUUCAAUCAAAUCAAUGAAGGAUUUGAGCUUCUGCGUUCUGGGAAGAGCGUCCGCACCAUUCUGCUAUUCUGAUGUUCCAGUGACUGAUAUGACCUAAUCCCAUAAAGAAGUGGAAUUGAAAAAACAAAUGUGAAGAUAUCGUAGUUAUUGUUAGUUAAUUCUUAAAAUGCCAAAGUCAAGGCACUGCUUUAAUGCUACUGUGCAAAUUGCAAAUUAAUUUUAAUAAAAUGAUUUCCGUUGAA